AAUCGAUGGCUUGUUCAUAAUACUAGCGAAGCCUAGUUUGCGCCGAGUAAGAUCGUGAAGACGACCCGAAAAUCGUGGGAGGUUUCAAGUCGUAUUCACUCUUGGACGUCGUUGAUCGCUGUCCUGUGUGCUGCGCAACUAUACAAAACCGCGUUUUGUCGCCAACGUAUUACAGCUUUCAUCUGACCCGAUGGCAUACGACGAUAGAUACGCAGACAGACCUUACAAUGGUCCGGCUGCGCGAGUCCCUCGUGGAGGCCCUGGAGGCGCAUAUCCACCGCCACAGAGACAGUACGAUGGAUAUGAAGAUGAUUAUGGCUAUGGAGGUUAUGAACAAUAUGAUGAUGGGUAUGGUCAAGAUUACGGUCCGCCUCCCCAAGACAUGAACUAUGGAAGAGGUGGUCCACCACCUAAUCAGAACUGGCAGCAACAGGAUAUGUAUAGGGGACCACCCGGGCCAGGAAGAGGUGGUCGUCCACCACCAACAAGAGGCAGAGGUGGCCCGAUGCGUGGUGGACCUAUGCCCCGAGGAGGUGGACCACCGUCUGGUCCAGGUAGAGGAUAUCCACCUCCAGGACCGCCUAAUCGAAGCAAUACUAUGGACUUUAAUGGAAACCGACCGGGCCCUCCUAUGAUGAGUCCUCAGGAGCGAGAUUUUGGCAGUCCUUUCCCCGUGUUUCCUGGCCACGCCCGACAGACAGAUCGAGAUCAUGAAAACCGGAUACUUGACAGAAUGGCUGGGCUAGAUAUAAAUGGAAAACCACCUCCAAAUAGAGGUCCAGGGCCUGGUCCCACACAACACUCCUCGAUGGAUGACUAUGGGCGCCCCUCAAUGGACAGUCAGCGAAGCGGUGGGCGAGGAUAUCCACCUCAGGGCUAUCCCGACCCAAGAAGGGGGCCACCUCCACCCCAAAAUGGCGGUUAUGGUGAUUAUCAUGAUGAUGGUUAUGGUCCUCCAAUGUCACCUGUGCGAAAUGAAUUUGGCCCACCAUCCCGAGCCAUGACGAUGCCUACGCAAAACGAAUAUCCAAUGCGCAAUGCUAUGCCCCCUCCGCGGACGGACAGCGCUAAUUAUAAUGGACAGCCUGUACAGCAGAUGCCCCCACAGCGGCCAUCUACGUCGCACAGCUCUCGACCUACUCCUCACAGGGUAUAUCCAGAUGAAGCUCCUCCUUUACCGACGAACAAUACCGCUCUACAACCUCCUGGUUGGAAUGAUGAACCUGAUCGAGGUUCGAUAGGAGAUUUCUACGAUUCCUACUAUGACCAGAGAGCAAGUAGUGAUUCAUAUCCACCCGAGCACCAGCGAGACCGCGUGCCCGAUUUUGAAGCACCACCACCUCCGGGUCAGGGCCGAGGCCCACGGGGCUCAUUUGAUCAGCAAAUGCGAGUUCCUCCACCUCAAGUCGGUACACCUCAACCGGGACCCGCCCGUUAUCCCGAGAUGUCCCGGACCAAGUCUCAGCCCAAUUUACGCGAGCCUCAAUCUGCAGUGUUCGAAAUGGCAAAUGAUCAUCCUCCCCUGCCCCCUGGGCCUCCUGGUGGGUUUCAGGCAUAUAAGCCUGGUUUACCUAGUAACCCUUCAGCUUCAAGAUCGGUUUCUCAGGCUAGUCCACCCAGUAGUCGACCUGAGUCUGGACAGUCGGCACCACCGGCACCCAUUCGUCCUGGUUUAAUGCCGAAUUCUAUGGUGAAUAUGAACGAUAAGCCUGCCCCAGUUCGAAACUAUAAUGGUGGUACGCCAGCUGCGGCUGCUGGUGCUCUUGGGCGUCCUUCACCAACGCCCCAGGCCGCUCCCCAGAACAUACCACAGAAUACGAGACCGCAAUCACUUAGUGAACAACCACCAGUUACUAUUGAUGAGCUGGAGCGUCUGCGUGCUAUCAUCAAGAAUGACCCCAAUGAUCAACAAUCCGCGCUUACCUUAUCUAAGAAAUUGAUAGAAGCAGCAGAUGUCCUUGUACCCCGGCUUCCUGAUCCGAAGUCGAGGGCUAGAGCUCGCGAACGCUAUAUCAUGGAUUCACAUAAGAUCUUGAAGAAAUUAGUAGCUGCGCAAAAUCUUGAGGCCAUGUUCUUUUUAGCCGACUGCAUGGGUCGAGGUACUCUAGGUCAUGAACCCGACCCGAAGGAGGCAUUUACACUUUAUCAAUCUGCAGCGAAGCUGGGCCAUGCUGCCGCCGCUUACCGUACAGCUGUCUGCUGUGAACUGGGUAACGAUGAUGGAGGAGGUACACGCAAGGACCCUUUGAAAGCAAUCCAAUGGUAUAAACGUGCGGCUACUUUAGGUGAUACGCCAGCAAUGUAUAAAGUCGGCAUGAUUCUUCUAAAAGGUCUACUCGGUCAGCAAAAGAACCCGCGUGAAGCGAUCGGUUGGCUCAAGCGAGCGGCCGAGAGAGCCGAUGCUGAGAAUCCACAUGCUCUACACGAACUUGGUCUUUUAUACGAAUCAGCUCAACCUAACGAUGUGAUUAUUCGGGAUGAAGCAUAUGCAUUACAACUAUUCGAGCAAGCUGCUCACCUUGGCUACAAGUUUAGUCAGUUUCGUUUGGGAUGUGUCUACGAGUAUGGAUCCAUGGGCUGUCCCAUCGACCCUAGACAGUCGAUCAUGUGGUAUAGCCGCGCUGCGACACAAGGGGAACAUCAAUCCGAGCUGGCCCUUAGUGGCUGGUACCUGACGGGAAGUGAUGGAGUCUUACAACAGAGCGACACAGAAGCGUAUUUGUGGGCUCGCAAAGCUGCACAGGCCGGGUUAGCCAAGGCAGAAUAUGCAAUGGGCUACUUCACCGAAGUCGGCAUUGGAGUUCCGGCGAACCUAGAGGAUGCAAAACGGUGGUAUUGGCGAGCAGCUGCUCAAGACUUCCCGAAGGCCCGAGAACGACUUGAGGAUCUGAAGCGCUCUGGCCGGAAUGCUCCUCGCCAGCGUGAGCGCAUCACACGUAGCAAAGUAAGUGGAAAACAGCAAGAGGGGGAAUGCACCGUGAUGUAGAACAUUCGGUGCACCACACCUUUACCACAACCGGGACCAUCAUGGGAAAUGGAUGUUGAUUCGGAAUGGUUGUUUACCCCUCACGACUCCUCCCCUGGAAGCAAAUCGCUUCUUAAACGCUUCCAGACAAUCUGGAAAGCAGAUGCUCGUCGUGGGUCACUUUAAAACGGUGCAUAGACAAAAAAAAAUCA